AGGGAAUGGGUUUGCCCGGACAGUUUAAUAAUACUGUUUGCAGGUGCGGGUUCCCCGCGCCCUUCCCCGGGGACUGAAUUGCGAGGCCCGCAUCAUCGUUUUAAUGAUACGGCCGACAGAUCUCAGGCAGCGUAUGAAAGUGUAUACCCACACCGUGCGAUGAAAUCGCACUUUGCUCUGUUGGCAACAAGAGUGCUCGUGUUGUACGAAACACCUUCGGAGUUCUGGUUAAAUGGCUUCCCUAGAAGUCAAACAGAAUGCCUGGCAAAUUAUAAACUGGCAACACCACCCAUUAUAACCAACGAGAGCCUCUUGGGGGUUUCAGUCUGCGAGUGUUCUCCCUUGUGAGUUAGUCGAGGAAGUUUAGCAUCUCGCUUUCGAAGAAGCCAUCUUGAUGCUGGCAGAUGCGUGUGGUUGCAGCACUUCUUUGGGCGGUGACAGGGGCGGUGUGGGCACUGGAGGAGGGCAGUGUGGGCAGCCUUUACGAUCAGCACUUUCCUCCACUUCAUGCUAAUUGUACCCAGAGUCUCACAGAUCUUCUCUUGCUGCGCCAAGAAGUCCAGCUGAAAGAACUGAAGGAAGAGGAGAAAGUGUCUUCAGGGAUCUUGAGGGAGAUGGCGGACAUCCUGACUGACAUCAGAGGCUCCUUAACGCUGACCAGCACGUCUACAGAAGCACCUUGCCUAGGCAACUUCAUUAAAUUUGGCGAAACUUGUUUAUAUCUUGCGAAAGAGACCUACGUAACUUGGGAAGCUGCUCGGGUCUAUUGCCAGGGCUUGGAAGGAGACUUAGCCGUGUUCCGAGACGCCAAUGCAUUCGCAGAUGCUCUUAAUUACGCCAAAGGUUCAGGACUGCAGAACCCCGCACAUAUUUGGGUGGGCGGAAGCGACAUCUUACUUGAGGGGGAAUGGAAGUGGAUCUCCGGGGAAGACAUGCCAAGAGGAACGCCCUUUUGGGGAGGCUAUAAUUACGUUCGCGAACCAGCUGGCGGUUUACGGGAGAACUGUGCCAACCUUUUUAGCGGGGAUGGCUUCCUAAUUCACGAUGUUUCUUGUACCUCGAAGUAUAUUCCUCUCUGUCAGAUCAAGAGCACUUAAAGAUAUAAGCCUUUAAGUCAAAUUAGGGAAGUGUAAACCCUCUGUCAGAUAAAGAGUAUUAAAUAAGGAAGUGUAAUUGUCUCUGUCAUAGCAAGUGCAUUUAAUCAAUAAAUAUG